CUCGUUUGUUACUAACAAUCCGCAAGCACCGGCUCUGAAUAUCAUAUAUAGUGAACGCUUGCGCUUCUGUCUUUUUGUGGUACGGAAUCGGUGUUUCAAGUCGCGUUACGGACAGUGCGUUCUCGACUUCGGCUCCGUGAACUUACGGCCAACCUUUAACCGAAGUCAUAAUAGACGAACAUCGUAAAUCAUUUAAAAUGUAUGACAGUGAAAGUGUUCCAUCGUGCGUUUCGUGCAAGAUAUUCACCUGAUCAUAAUUUUGACACAAAUUAUACUAUAAUGGAUUAACGUGUGUCACAAUUAAAAAAAAAUGUCUAAGAACAUUAGAGAAAAAUUAAAAAGAGCUGUGGUGCAAUUUCAACUUAAUCAAAAUAAAACCAUGUAAUAAAAUGAGGGCUGGCAGGUCAACAGUGCUAACAGCUCCACUUUUGUACAAUAGCAGCUGCUGGCAUCCGCGUAUCUACACCAAUGGUCUAUUAUUUCGCAUAACCGUAUCGGGUAUUACGGAGAGUGCAUUCGUUUCGUUACUCACAGUGGCCAUACUCGUCGCUAAUCUUAUGGUGAUAGUCACAAUCAACAGCGAUAGAUAUACGAAAUUUAUACAUCCACAGCCUCGGUAUUUGGUGACAUCGCUCGCAUGCAAUGACUUAGCCAUUGGACUGUUAGUUACACCGUUGGCCGCUUUUUCAGCUCUAGUCCAUUGUUGGCCAUAUUCGGAAAUCGUAUGUCAAAUUCAAGCUCUUUUAAGGGCAGCUUUGCCGCAACAAAAUGCUAUGAUAUUAGUGUUCAUGGCAGUCGAUAGAUAUACAUGUAUGUUGCACCCAGAUAAAUAUCACAAACAUUCGAGCAAAAAAGGCUGUAUGUUGGUGUUGAGCUUGACUCUAGUGGGUUCAUUAACCGCAUUUGGUGCGGCAGUAAUCCGCCGAGGUGGAUAUUUUUAUAACGGCAAUGGAUUAAUGGCGUGCGAGCCGUUUUAUCAAAGGCCGAGUUUGCGAAUAUUGGCCGCCUGCCUGUUUUACUUCCCCACAACAAUGGCACUCAUGUAUUUCUACGGGUCGGCAUUGCACGUGGAUAGGCUCCGGCACAGGCAACAAAUCAACAUAUGUGCCGUUCUAGUGCAACCAAUGUUACCCAACAGCGCUGGAAAGAACACUGUCGAUGAAGCAUCUGAUCGAUUAGCAUCGAAAGAACUGAGACAAAGCAUACGAACUACCAGGGCUAUGGGAGCAGUAGCAUUAGGCUUUAUAGUAGCCGUAACACCUUGGACAAUUCAAGAAGUUGUGACUGCGUGUACAGGUACAAAAAUGCCCCCAGCUGUAGAUUUCAUAAUCACGUGGAUAGCACUAAGCAAUAGCUUUUGGAAUCCAUUCAUAUAUUGGGCUUUGAAUCGAAAGUUCAGACGUAUCAGCCGUAAUAUAAUCAAAACCAAAAUUUUUCGGCGUAAAAAAUAUAGCUCUAGCGUGAUAUCAUCGUCUUGCAAUGUUGGACACCAGGAAAGUUGUUGCGCCAAUAGAGACAUGUGUUUUGCAGCCCUCCAGAAAGACAACGAGGAUAUUAUCGAGGUGGACAGGCAGUCAUUAGGAUCUCAAGAUAGAGGAGGAUUUCCUCCGACGCCACCCCCGCCACCUCCUUAUCAUAGAGGAGACAUACAACAUUGUCAUUCAAGGAGAUACUGAUAAUAAUAAAAAAAAAAAGAAUAAGUUGUAAUAAUUUAUUAGGUACCUACUCAAGUUGAUCAAUCAAAUAACUGUACAUAUAAGUGUAUAGAAAUUAUAGGUAGAGCGAUUUAAGAAUGGUCACUGUACAAUUAUGAAUCAUAUAAUAAAUUAUAAUCGAUCGUUUAACAGGGUGGCUCUAAAUAUAAUAUAGAAGUUUUUAAAACUUCAGAAUAUCUAAUAUAAUAUGAAAUUAUUUUUAGUUUUAAAUAUCUACGGAUAUUAAACUGAAUCCAAGUAUAUUAAGACAUACUAUAUUAGAUUUUAAAGUAUUUAAAUAGUAGGUAUACGCAAUAGAUUUACUCAAUGAUUCAUACUGAUUAAUUGAAUGUGAUAAACAUAACGUAAUUC